CAGGUGCUGCUUCACGAGGCAGCGUAGUCUUGACUGGACAGCGACCCGAAGGGAAGUCGAUUACUCACUACCAGGCUCCGGCGGAUUUAAUUACUAGCUCCUGAAUCAUCCUGGUUGCCCUUCUGUGAAGUAGUUCCAGUUUGUCUGAAUCCUUCUUAAAUGGUGGUCUUCUGAACUGUAUUUAGUACUUGAGGUGAAAUCUCACCAGCUGCCACUUGGUGUCCAAGAGAAGCAGUCUAUUGUAGUGGACUGAAUGUAGUGCUAAGGACAAAAAUGAGAGACAGACUCUUGGAGUUUUAUGAAUUAUCUAGGCUGUACAGCCAACAUACUGGAGAUGCCGAGGAUGACUUCCAAAGACCUCACGAAACGCUUUUUUUUGAAACCGACCAUGCCGUAGCAAAUCUUUACAAAAACAUUCAAGAGAUUCGAACAAACAAUCACCAUCUGAAGGAAGAUGUGAGACGCUUGCGCAAGCAAAACAGUCGCUUCCUGACAUCCAUUCGUCGUUUCAGUAGCAUAAAGCGAGACACAAACACCAUAGCAAAGGACAUUAAGGCCCGUGGGGAAGAGAUCCACAGAAAACUUCAGGUUCUGAGAGACCUGAGUGAAGAUGCAGAAACAAAAUAUGGUGAAAACGCAAUUGUAACCCGUGUGUGCAAGGACCAUUAUGUCGAUCUCAUGCAUGCUUUUCAGGAAGCCAUGUUUAAUUACAAUGAAACUGAGAUGAAGGAGCGGGACAAUUGCAAAGUUAGGAUUCAGCGGCAGCUGGAAAUCAUGGGCAAAGAAGUGUCUGGAAACCAGAUAGAGGACAUAAUUGAGCAAGGCCGAUGGGAUGUCUUCUCUGAGAACUUGCUGUCUGACACAAAAGGAGCUCGCUCGGCCUUGAAUGAGAUAGAAACCCGGCACAAAGAGCUGAUGAAACUUGAAUCUCGAAUCAAAGAGGUCCAUGAACUUUUCCUACAGGUGGCAUUGCUGGUGGAAGAGCAGGCUGACACCUUUGAUGUCAUUGCGUUCAACAUGCAGAAUGUCCAAGAAUAUGUUGGGGAAGCUAAAGACGAAGUGAGGAGAGCACUUGAAUACCGGAGAAAACAUCCCUGCCGAACAAUCCUUUGCUGCUGUUUAUCGUGCCUUAAAGGCUAACUGUCGUCUUCAAGCCCCAAAUCAGUGUUAUGGGAAUGCUUAUAAUUUGUGCUCAUCUCUUUAUGGUUAUCAUAUUUUUAUUAAUUAUAUAUGUGUAUGUUUCUUAUGAAAACCAAAGGAUAGUAGCAGUAUGAUACAUACCAAAGUUGGGAACCUAUGACUCCAUAGAUGUUGUUGGACUACAUCAUAUUUGACAAUUAGCUAUGCUGGUGGAUUGAAAUUAGAGUCUGAAAACAUCUAAAGGACCACAGAUUCCUACCCACUCAUAUAAUUCAACUUAAGUAAUAAGAAACAAGAUUACCAACCCCCAUAUUGCUACCAAAAUGAAAGGCAUACCAGAACCUAUGUAAAACCAUGGGAAAUUUUGAUGAGGUGGGUAAUAAAUUAUUUCCAAAUAAAUACAUCCUAUGGAUUUUAAGGAAGCAAUUGCAAUUGCCAGUUUUUUUUCUUGGAGAAAAUAAAUAUGGAAUAAAUUAUGAACCCUAAUUAUAAAUUAUAUAUAAACUGUAUUACAUGGCUAAUGCGGUUUAGACAUCUGGCAGUCAUAAUUGAGUUUAGAGUUUUGCUAUAAGAUUUACUAUAAGGUUAUUUACUAUAAGUAUACAUUUCUAAAAUGCAUUGUUAUAAAAUUAAAUGAGAAAAAUAUUUAUUCUAAUUAUUAUAUAAAGUCCUUUGCUUUUUACCCCAUAGUUUAGACUGUCAGGGAGAAACCUGUUGAUAAUGGAACCAAAGUACAAUCCCCAACAUUUGAAAAUGAGGUUUCAUUUACACAAUAUGUCAAAGUUAGAUUGGAGCUGUUAUCUCUGGAGCUAAGAGCAGUCUGGAAGUCUUACAGGAAUGACAGAUAGAGGGGAUCAGAAAUUAGACAUUGUGAAAUUGCGUGGUGGUUUCUUGUGUUGGCAUGCAAAAUGUGCAGCCAGGGGACUGCCUGCAACCUGCUAGCAUCCCUUUGAUGGCCUCAGCAGAUCCCUAAAGGAGCUAGGAUUUGAUUCAUUCUUUAGCCUUUGUCUGAAUUUUAGCAAUCUGUGUCUGAAGAAGCAAAAGGGAUGCUUUCAUCUCUAUAUUGGCUGGGGUGUAGGGGAGAUUAGAAAAAUUACAUUAACCCAUUAAGCCAAACAUGGGUUAAAACAUCCAAAGCAAUAUAUCUUCCAUGCUUAAGGUUUGUUUUAGUCGUGGUAGUUUAUCUGUCUGUUUUUU